CCAUGCCUUCACAAAUCGUGACUUAUCUAUCGUAAUGUGUUCGUACUCUCGACAGUUGCUGGUUUUUUUGUCUUAUUCCCUUUAGCGUGGGCGUAUCAGCGAUCGCUCGAUCUAUGCUCGGUUAAAUCAGACUUAUCGCCCGUCAGGAUUAAAUUUCGCUCGGAUUCGUUCUCAACGCGGUAUUUCUGAGUAAAGUUGCCCCGGCGUUUUCCCGAAUUUUGCGCAAUAGUAAGCUGAUCUUAAUCGGCUUGAAGUGAAAUCUGAUUUCCGAAUAUUCGAAUCGAGUGCCCCACCCGUCGCUCAACUCGGGUCGGAAUGGCGUCAAAGUCCGAAGUACAACGGAAGAAGCUGAAGAAGAGCAAACGGACUUUGGCUCUGAAGAAGCGAUGCAAGAAAAAGACGCCGAAAAGGCGGCCUACCAAAAGAAAAGAAGCUCAGAAAUCAGGAUUGGUGAGCGGGGGCAGUGAAGAUCUGGGGCGACUCCUGGAGCGGUGGCACGGCAAGUACCAGCAACAGCGGGAAGACAGGGGGCUGGGACGGCGCGACAUCCCCACGGCGGAGCUGGUGCGUCGCGCCGAGUUGCUGAGCAAGAAGUUCAAGCUGGAGUCGACGCGGGUGGACGAGGAGUGGAUCGGCAACUGGAGGACGAGGCUCGGCGUGAGAGAGGAACCCGAAGAGGCGAGGACCGCGGUGGAUGGAAACGAGGUCCUGUUGAGGCUCGUCAACGAGGACGGCUACAGCUACGACGAGAUUUACCACGGUUUUUGUGUGCAGUUCAAUUACCGGGACGUGCCGGACGCGUUGCUCCGGUCGGGGGAGUCGGUGUGGCUCCUGAUGGCGAGCAGCCUGACGGGGCAGCACCGGACGAGGAUCCUCACGAUCGGGAAGGAGUGGAAGCCGCGGUGUCUCCAGCACGUGAACAUGGUGAGCCAGCCGGGCGUCUACGCCGGCGGCGGCGUCGGCACGCUCACGCCGGACCUCUUGGGGUGGUGGCUCCAGAAGGAGUUCCUCCCGGCGGCCCUGUCCCUCCACCCCCGCGCCGCCCUCGUCCUCUGCACCGACGCCCCCGUUCCGACUCGCACCCCCGACGACAAACUGCGCCUCGUUGUACUCAGGCGCAGACCCUCGAACAAGUGCUUGGUCUCGGCCGAGCUCAAACUCCAUUACGCGAUGUUGAUGCUCAACGAAAUCUACUUGGAGCCCGACGGGUGGCUUCAAGAGCACCUCCGGCGAUUCUCCCUGAGGGACGCCAUCCCCCUCUUGCACCGCGCGUGGCUGACCAUCCGCACGGAGACGUUUCUGAGGAACUGGACAGACACCUCGCCGACGCUGCGCACGGCCGAAGAUCAGCGGUUGCUCGUCCAACUCCAGUGGUUCGCGCACAACCUGGGCAUGGAGGUGACGGACAAGGACGUCGCGCUCUGGGUGUCCUCGGACGCGGCGACCGAAGCGCCCUCUAUCAAGGAGGAACCGGAAGACACCGAAUCUCCUCUCCCCGUCCCCACGGCCGCCGAAGCCGUCGAAAACCUGAAGAAAGCUCUCGUCUGGAUGGAGUCGGAGCCGCUUGACCCAAGCUUCCUCUUGACCGCUCGCAAUUUAUUAACUCUUGCCAAACAGGCUAGCAAAAUGGGGCUGGGUGCCACGCAUCCGGGCACAGGGUUACCAUUUUUUUGUCCGAACGGGGAGCACCUUGGUCAACCACCCCCCGCGCACAUGGGGAUUCCCCCAUACCAGUUGGACCCCAAGGGUGAGUACUGGCGAGGAUCCGGCCUUUCGAGCAGCGAGUGGAAACGAUUCGGGGCCCUUGUGGCCGCUUCAGGUCUGACGAGGCCGGCUGUGUACCCAUUCACUACUGGCCAAUAUCCUUAUCCGGUGCUAAGUCCAGAAAUGUCCCAAGUGGCAGCAUCAUGGCACAGUCCCAGUAUGUAUCCGAUCUCAUCGGGGGCGCCGGGCUUUAGAAGUCCGUACCCCUCCUCACUUCCUAUUCCUAGUACAAGUUUACCAAGCGAAUUCUAUAGGUUCUCUCCAACAGGACUUAUUACUCCGCAUCCUGGAUUAAGCCCUCAUUCCCACUCUGCCAUCAUCACCCCUGGGCCUAAGCAAGAAUUACAUCACUCAGAUCAUAAUCAUAGGUCGUCAUCGUUAGACCAUCACAAAAACUCCUCAUCUGUGAACGAUGGCUCAAAAUCUCAGGAUUCUGGACACAAUAAUAGUAAUCAAGAUAAGAAAAAACCUCAUAUUAAAAAACCUUUAAAUGCAUUCAUGUUAUACAUGAAAGAAAUGCGUGCUAAGGUAGUAGCAGAAUGCACUUUGAAAGAAAGUGCAGCCAUCAAUCAAAUUUUAGGCCGACGGUGGCAUUCUCUAUCACGAGAAGAACAAGCAAAAUACUAUGAAAAAGCUCGACAAGAAAGACAACUACACAUGGAAUUGUAUCCUGGUUGGUCGGCCAGAGAUAACUACGGUUAUGGUGCAAAGAAGAAGAAACGGAAGAAAGAGCGAGUACCGAUCAUCGAUUCUGGAGGUAACAGUAUGAAAAAGUGCCGAGCGAGGUAUGGAUUAGAUCAACAAAGUCAGUGGUGUAAACCAUGCAGACGUAAAAAGAAAUGUAUAAGGUACAUGGGUUGUGGAGAAGAUGGGAACCAGUCAGAAGAUAAUUUGGGAAGUUGCGGAAGUGUAGGUGAAGCUCAAACGCCACCUGAAGAUGAUACCGAAUCGUUUCAUCACUCAGCUUCCAGUCCAGGAGGCCUGAGCGGCCUUUCAAGCCUCACCAGUCCAUCCAUGAUAUUACCAAGUCCAUCGGCAAGCAACACAAGUCCCUCAGUGAGCUUAGCAAGUCCUUACAUGAGUUUGCAAAGUCCAUUAACGCCUCACACUCUCGAUAUGAUGGAUUGCAAGCCCUCAGUGCCGUGUCUACCUCUCCUAUCGAAUCAUCACACAGGCAUUCAACCACCUAGGAAUCCAGUUGGAACGAAUCCUCACGAUAUCAAUAACCCAUUGAGUGUUAACCAGCUGACUGGCAAGUGUAUUAAACUCUCCUCAACGACUCUUAAAACCGAACCAUCAGAAGUAAAAAAACAGUGAAACUAAUUUGAUUAAAACAGAAUGAAUAAGUCAUGGAUUUAAAAUAUUGUCACGUCAUACCAGCUCAUUGAAUUAUCAGUAAAUGGUCAUCGUCUGAAUGUUCAAGGUACGCAUCUUAAGAAAGGUCCAUGCAGAAGGUUGGACUUCAGCCUAGCCAACAGUUCAUCAGAUAUCUCAUUUACGAUUUAACUCGCAUUUAAAUUUACCAUUUGAAAUUGGAAUCUUUAAGUCGGGCAUUAAUGCUAGUAACAGAUAUGUUGUGAAAAAUUCAAAUCAAUUUUACCUCUAGUGAGAGGAAAGAAAUUUUUUUUAAGUCUGUGAAGCUACCUUUUGCUUCAUUCUUCAUUUAAUUCAUUUGCUCCUAAAACUCAUAGGAUUGCAUUAACCACCAAUCUCUUGACUAUAGGUAACUUUUUAGAUUUUUUAGAAUAUUUUGUGAAAAGCUGAAGUUAAAAUGCAUCAUUAUCUUUCAAAACACUUGUUAAUCAAAUUGAUAGUCCAGACCUUCUGGAAACUUUCUUUUUUAAGUCGAUCCUUUCCGUGGGUCCAUGAAGACAAAGCCUUGCUCAGUUUUAAAGAUCUGACUCAUUCAUUCGGUUUUAAUCCUUAAGUUUGUUUGUUCACAUCAGUACCAGUUCGAGUAAUGUUGAACUUACAAUCAAAGACUGUGAUUAGCGAUUAUUUAAUUCAAUUAUUUUCCUUCUCCUGCCCUACCUUGUGCUAUGUUUAUUGUUAAUUUAUUUGUUACGUUAAUUUUCUUUCUCCCUUAUUUUAUGGUGGCAGGAGAAGCUAUGUUCUUGUGAUUUUGUUAUUAUUUUUAUAAAUAAUUUUAUUUAUUUUUUUUUUAAAUUUAUGAAUCUAUUUAUUUUCACUUUUUUUUAUUUUAUUUUUUUCUUUGUCUUCUCAGCCUCUGAAAUUUUCCAACUGUCUCUGAAAACAGUGAAUAAUUAUUCUAAUUUUUUUUCCAUUGAAUACUUAUUGGCUAAUGUAUUCAUUUAUUUAUCUGUUUAUUUUUUUCUCCUUUUUUUAUUACUUUUUUUUAAAUGAUACUUUGUGAGCAGUGUGCAAUCCGUUGUAAUUAAGGUAAUUGUAAAGCAUUCUAGUAAAUUGUUAGCCAUAUUUUUAAUUAAUUUAAAUUGAAUACUUUAUUUUAUUACACUCCUCUGUGCCACUUUUUGGUUGAAAAGUUUAUUUUCGUGCUUCUAAUUAAAAUAUCAAUCAAGGUCAUUUGUCCAUGGUAACUAUGUACUUACUGAUCUGUCAAAAUUCAAUCAAGAUUCUUUUAUAACUUCUCAGUGUCAUCUUGUCUUGUGAUAGAAUCAUCAUUUUGAAUCGUUGAUGAGGCAUUAAUUCUGGCCUAGAAAAAUCUUUCACUCUUGUGCUCGUGUCCUGAGUUGUAUCAUGAAUGACAGCGUAUAUCAAUUUGGACAAUGUGCGAUACUCUUGUAGAUUAAUUUAUUUUUUUAAUAGCCAGCAAUCCCACGUAGCACAGCACAGUUACCUCUUGCGUUCUUACGGUUUUAGAACUUACUUUUAACAAUUAAUAUCCUCCUAAUUCCUUUUUACCGGAUUGCGGCCGCUGUAUUGUCCAUCCCCUACUCACUGCUUUGUUAGGAUAUGUCAAACACAACUGUACAGUAAAUAAGUUUUGACUCUUUUUCUAAAUUCCAGCGUUAAGUAUGAGGAUAAAUUUUAAAAUAAUUAAUUUCUCAAAUGCUUCCCUUACACUGCAACUUCAAAUACCAUCAGAGCCUAAAGAAAAUUAAUUUUUUUUCCUAGCUAACUAGUAAGUUUAACGAUUAAAAUUGUUCAUGGUUUUUCUUUUUUUUUAUUCUGAAAAUCCUGUUACAUUCAUCUUUACGUAUCAUUUCAUUUCAUUUGCAUUACCUUUCCCGUACUUGCAGACAUGCUACAUUUUGGGGAGAUAAAGCUUUAAUAACUUGAAGGUUAAUACUGCCUUGCAUCUCAGCCCAGUAGAAGCUUGAUACAUCAAAUGUGGCUCAAAAUUGUGACAUUUUUCAUUAAUUUUUAUUAUUUUUCAAGAAUUCCCCAUGGAAUAUUCAGAAUUUUAUCAUACUUAUCGGAAUAUCUAUGUGUCAUCGUAAACUUUAUUUAAUUUGCCAGGAUAAUGAAGGAUAAUCGCAACCGGUGCUCUAUAGACUUUUACCUUCUUAGCUGUUCCUUUUUACCGCUAUAUUGCUCCAACGUAUCACAGCAUGGCAGUCCACAGAAUGAAAACUCUGUUCAAUUUUCCACGUAAAAAUUAUUAUAAUGGUAAUUGUAAUGGUGCAUUUACCCUUCUCUUUCUGUGGAUGCUAAAACAUUAUUGGGAAAUAAGCGUUAACUUGUGAGUGACCUGACGCCCUUGCGGUCUCAAAGUGCAUUUGAAUAAAAAUUCUGUGAAAUAUCUACCGAAAUUCAUGCAUAACCUUUCAUUUAGUGUUGAAUUCUUUCUCCAAUAUUUCGGAGAAAUUUUGCACCAUGAAUACCUAAUUUUCCACCAAACAUUAUACAUAUUCUAAUAGGCCUCUUCAAAUAAUGGCUUUUCCAUUUGGCAUUGAUUCCAGCCCUGCUCUUGAUUUUUAUUUUGUAACCCAGGCUCUUCAUUCUGUCAAUCACAUUUGGAGUUUGUUCAUCAAUUAAACUCGUAUAUCAGACGCAUGGUAACUUUCAGAAGCAUGAGGCGGAAUCUCUCAUUAGAAUAUUUUACUAUACUGCCUGUUGCGAACCAUGUAAGAACAUUCUUCAGCGUUUGUUUACAAUAUGGAUGUAUUUUUGCUAAAACGAACUUUUUGCGUAGGGUUUCCAAGCAACACAGUUCCUUUCAGUAUAAAUACGUCCGUGUUUCCAUCAGUCAGGUUCAAUCUGUUCAUUCAUAGAAAUGGAGUCAUUCAAGUCUUAGAGCAGAAAGAAAAUUUGACAAAUAUUCUGUCUGCCCAUUGAAAAGUGGUGUAAUCGAACUAUGUAGUAUUGUCAACAGUGCAUUUUUUGCUUUCGAGGCGCCCAUGCUUUUCGGAAGUUACUUCAACGUGGAUGAAUUGGGGACAGUGUGUGCAACUACUAUACAAAGUAUCUAUUUAAUUGAUUUGCAAUUUCUUACCCUCCUAAAUAUUUUUGUAGGGCUGGUUGAAAUCUAUUCCUCUGAUCUCAGAUUUCAAAUCCUUGUAAAUAAGUGAGUUAUUUCAGACUUUUUUAUACAGAUGUAUUCUGAGCAAGUGAACCAAAAGAUAAUCAAUUUAAAGCCUUAAAAUCAGCUUUAAUGUUAUAAAACCUAUCACAAUUGUGUGCGAUAUUGAUGUCUCUUUAUAUUUCCAUGAAACUGCACUUCUUUGUUCUGGCUAUGUUCAAAAAUCAAGCAGCAAGUGUUGUGAUUCUCGAAAGACUAAAUGUAAAAAUUAUCGCAUGCAAUUUUGCUCAGUGAAAUCUUCCCAAAAGUGCCAAAUGUGGUUUUUGAAAUUAUAAAGAAAAGUUAAUGAUCUGUUUUUUCUCACCCUAAGCUUAAAAAUCAAAACUUGCUCAUAAAGAAGAACAUUUUCCCAACAAGUUAUUUAUAAAAGGAUUUGAUUCCAAAGAAGUUUGGAUUUGAAAAUUUGAACUUUUGAAAUUAGCUCAGAACUUAAAAGGAUUUGAAUAGACUCAACCCUACUGAAUUUAGUCAUGGUAGGUAUGACUUAAUUUUAAACAUUAUUUUUAAUGAAGCUAUUCAACACUUCAUAGAAGUAACAAGUGACAACAUGCCAUUUUAGUUAGAUAAAUAAUUGUGAUUUGUAAAUUGAUUUUGUAUUUAGUUUAUCUAUGUUUACUCUGUAAAUUUUUGUAAGUGCCAAGCAAUUUCUUAUGAUUUUUGUUCAUGGUUUCUCCUGUGUGGGUGAAAUUAAAUGUUAAGUGCGUUCUCCCUCUCUUCAGGCGCAGAGGUCAUGGAGCUCUCUUAUAAAAGUUGCCAUGAGAAGUAGCAAAAUUCACGCUUAAUUUUUUUGUCAAAUGUAAGUUUAAUUGUUAAGUAAUUGUAUAUUACUUCGCUUCCAAAAGACUGAUCUUUUUAAUGGAGCUUUGACGAUGCAAAAUUUAUUAUUUCUAAACCUAUUGAAAGCUGUCACUGUUUUUCUCUGCUCCGCUUCAUUCAAUCUGAUAAACAUUCCUCAUAAGGUAUAUACACACAGCAUAACCUCCUCAACAUUGUUGAUUAGCAUCGAAAAUGAUUAAAAAAUAAGAUUUUACAGUCUGAAAUGUAAAAUAUCUAAAAGCAUUUUGUUAGGAAUAUUAAGCCAAUGCUAAUUUUAAUAACUGUUAUUGCAUGGUUGGAACUCUGGUAAUCAGGAAGCUAUCCUAACAGAUGAUCACAGUCAACAAUAUUGUGCAUACAGAUCAUAUGCUUGAUCACUCGUUAGUAGGUUGUCAUUCCCACCGAGAGAUAUGAUAAUCAGAUGCGUGUAUCAGAAAUAGCACUGCACUGCGCUCUUAAUGCCUUUCCCUACUUUUCACAUGGGCAGAGAAACAAAAUUUUGGCUCCCUCCUGUUUUCAAAACUCUGUGAGGAUUGCUCUCAACAAGGUUACAAACCAUAAAAUUUGCUUCAUGGCACACAUUUUAGCACAACACCAUCCACCCCAGAAGCAGGUAUUAAUUCAUUUUAAAGUUGAUCCAUUCCCUCAAGCUUAAGUAGCAAAAUUAAUCUUUUAUUAACCAUCCCUUAUUUGUCAAGAAAGGGAAAUAUGCUGGCUUCACAUCAUAACUUCAAUCCACCUCAGAGCAAGUCAUAAUGGUUUGAAAUAGUUUGUCGAACAUGAAUACCCUGGGGAGGGCAAGCAGUGCUUGCCUGUAACACACAGCUGUACACCUCUGCACUCAUUUCCUCUCAUAGUACUGAUGAAUUAACGAGAAUAGUCGUAAGAUCUGUCAUCAUAGCUUCAGAAAUCAGUUGACUUUGAACCUAUGCUAAUUGUCACACUCCAAUGUUUCCAUAGUUUACCUUCAAUGUCAAGCUUUAAGAUUGUUCGGAACAGCUAGGUUUGCUUAUUUAAGCAAACAAAAGUAACCUGUCGGAUUGGAAUCAAGUUAGUCUUGGAUUGAUUUCCUAUUUCUAUCAAAUGAGACUAUUCAAAGGUCAUCUAUAGUGUACCAAGAUAUUUAUCAGUUUAUCAGAUUUACCACACUUGUGAAAUUUCUCGGUUUUUCCUUAACAUUUGCCCGGUGAAUUUUUGCGAGUCAAUUUUUUCAUUUUUAUUCUUUUUUGUAAUGUGCAUUAUACUGAGAAAAUACUGUGUGCAAUCGAAUUCAGUACUGGCUAGACUUUCACUUGAAUGAAAUUGGUUCAGUUCUAAAGAACUUUGACCCCUGACUGAAUAAAUUUCUGCCUUGUUUUUUGGCUCUGUUAGUUAGCAUCCAAAUACUGAAUUACUCGCUCUAUUCGUUGACCCGAUUGAAUGCAGUUGGUUUCAGUUAUCCUUAAAUGUGAAAAAAAUGAUGAACUGUAAAAGUUGACAAGCUUCUGUGUUUUUUGUACUAAAAAAAAAAAAAAGAAAAACGACUCAUAUGUAGAUUCAGCCUGAUGUUGACUUGUUUUCCAUACUUAAUCAGUUAGGGUCUGAACUUUUUUUUUGUUGUCUUGCCUCUACCCUUCAAUCUAUUGUGUUCCAUUACAAACUUUCAUCAAAUCUUCUGCAAUAGAUGUUUUCUGCAUAUGCCAUAUUCCCGAUAUUGAAGGGAAAAAUAGAAAAAAGUUCUUCUACCCUGAAAGAAGCUACAUUUUAGAUUGAUUUCUUCUAAAUUUUGAAAUGUGUAAGUCUUUACAAUAUGAUCUUUCAUUAAAUCUUAAUGGAUUUACAUCGUCCCUUCGUGCUGGUUUAUACUUCAUGUAUCGUACAAUGAGUUGUUGCUUUUUGAAGACUGGUUACUUCCAACAUUCAUUUUCGUACCCAAUAACAUGCUCUCUGAACGCAUUACUUCCACUGAACUGAAAAGAGGAACUUGAUUUCCUUUGUGAGUCAUGUUAUUUUACUUGUUGUGAACAACCAUCAUCUGUUGUGUUCAUUUUAUUUAUAACUUUAUUAUUUACACAAUAUUUUUACUGUUUGGGGUAAAGAUUCUAAAGCUUUCAUUUUCCGUAAGCUCUUAGAUAGACUGAAGCACUAAAAGCAUUUGAAAAUUUCUUCUGAAAACAAAUAGGCUUAAGGAUCUUUCUCCAAGAUUCUCAACGCCCCUUUUGGACAGACCUGAAUUUUAAAAAAAAGUAAAGGAAAACAAAACAAAAAAGGAGAGUAAUAAUUUCUCCAAAAAAUCUAUUGCGUCAAAACAUGUAAAUCUUUUGCAAAGAGGCAGGAAAGAAUCCCUCUCUCUCUUCUUAAAAGGCUCUCUUUCUUAAUCCCUUUCUAAAUUGAUAUCAACGAAUUGUUGGAAAAAAAGUGGAUGAAAUAAAGGUCAAAGAAUAAACCUUUUUUUUUUUUUUUUUUACUGCAGUGGCCAACUUGUCAAAAACUAGAGCAACAGAAAAAAUGGCUUGUAAUUUCUGUGGGUUAAAGUAUGUUGAAUACUUGACUCAACGGUGUAUGUUUGAAUUAAUCCAUGAAUAUUGUUUGCUAAAGGCAAUGAGUGGGAGUGUUGGUCUCCUGAAUACAUUUUUGUGACUGAUUUUUAAUGACGGAUUAAUCAAUUUCUUUUUUUUUUAUAUUUAUACAUAUAAAAAAAAUGAUGAAAUUGUUAGCAUUGUAAAUGUAUGUAUAUCCUACCUCCUCUCAAUUUAUCAUCUAGUCAUGAAAAUAUUUUUAGAUCUGCUGCAGUCUUCGUUUUCUUUUGUUUCCCUGCUUUGUAGAAGUGCAAAGGAAAAUAGAGAUACUUUUGUAAAAACUUCGGAAUGUCAAGCCUGUGGUUUUAUUAGUUUUUGUUUAUGACAGAUUCAGUCUAAAAGAUUUCACAAAGGAAAAGUUAGUAAAGAGGAUUGAAAUUAUCUUUUCUUGUAAAAUUGUAAUCUUCUUAAUUAAAUAUGUAUUAUAAGACUUCCUUAAAACAUGUAUCAUAUUUGUAAAUAGUAGCAUAGUCAUAAUUUUAACGCUUGGAACAGCGUGAAAAGUUUAAUGUUGUUAAUACAGUUAAAUUUUUUAUAAUUUUUUUUCUUAUUCUCUCUGAAACGUCUCUUUAUUUUUAUUUCCGUUGAAUUACUUUCAGUCCUGAAUGAAAACCAAGGUAAUUUAUAUAAGAAAUGAACAAAUGAAUAAUUUCAGUUGAAAUGUGUAACUGAAAAUGGCAUUGUUAUCAAACUUCUAUUGUUCUUAGGUGUUACCCUGUGUAUCAUAUUUUGUCCCUUGCUCUUCAAAUUGUAUUAAAUAAGUUUUAUUUGUUGUACAAGUAAAAAUAAAUUAUGAAAAUUGAAUCGAUUUAUUACAAA